AUGCCAGCCGCCUCCCGCUAAAUGGCGCCGCUCCGCCGCCGGGCGCUGCCGCGGGCGCUGCUGCUCCCGCUGCUCCUCCCGCUGCCAGGAGUGUGGUGCUUUAGUGAACUGUUUUUUGUGAAAGAGCCUCAGGAUGUUACUGUCUCAAGGAAGGAUCCGGUGGUUUUAGACUGCCAGGCCCGUGGUGAAGCUCCUAUAACUAUUACGUGGCUGAAAAAUGGAGGCAAAGUAUCUGAAGAUGAACGGAUCUACACUUUAUCCAAUGGCUCGUUAUAUAUCAGUGAGGUGGAAGGAAAGAAGGGAGAGCUGUCUGAUGAAGGAUUUUACCAGUGCUUAGCUCUGAACAAAUAUGGGGCCAUUCUUAGUCAAAAAAGCCACCUCACACUAGCAACCCUUUCUGCAUUUGAAGUCCAGCCACUUUCAACUGAGGUCCAAGAAGGUGGAGUAGCUCGUUUUGCCUGUAAAAUAACAGCAAACCCUCCUGCCACUGUGACAUGGGAAGUGAAUCGAACAACUUUACCUUUAAUCAUGGACAGGAUAACUGCUCUACCUACAGGAGUUCUUCAAAUCUAUGGCGUUGAACAGAAGGAUGCUGGGAAUUAUCGAUGUGUUGCCACAACAGUAGUCAGUAGACGUAAAAGCACUGAGGCAGUCCUGAGUGUUAUUCCAGCCUCAGACUUGAAGCCUUUUUACAAGCCAUCUAUAAUAGCUGGUCCUCAAAACAUUACGGCAUCUCUUCAUCAAACGGUCAUACUGGAGUGUGUAGCCACAGGGAAUCCGAAGCCAAUCAUUUCAUGGAGCCGGUUAGACCAUAAGUCCAUUGAUGUCUUCAAUACCCGUGUCCUUGGAAAUGGGAACCUCAUGAUCUCUGACGUAAAGGUGCAGCAUGGAGGCGUGUAUGUCUGUCGAGCCACUAUUCCAGGCACACGAAACUUCACAGUAGCAAUGGCAACUCUCACUGUGCUGGCCCCACCUUCAUUUGUGGAAUGGCCGGAAAGUUUAACAAGGCCUAGAGCUGGUACUGCUCGUUUUGCUUGUCAGGCAGAAGGAAAUCCUGCUCCCAAAAUUUCAUGGUUAAAAAAUGGAAGGAGAAUACACUCCAAUGGUAGAAUAAAAAUGUACAACAGUAAAUUGGUGAUUAACCAGAUCAUUCCUGAAGACGAUGCCAUUUAUCAGUGCAUGGCUGAGAAUAGCCAGGGCUCUAUUCUCUCCAGGGCCAGGCUUACUGUAGUUAUGUCAGAAGACAGACCCAGUGCACCUUACAAUGUCCACGCUGAAACGAUGUCAAGCUCAGCAAUCCUGCUAGCAUGGGAGAGGCCACUGUAUAAUUCAGACAAAGUAAUUGCAUACUCCGUGCAUUACAUGAAAGCAGAAGGUUUAAAUAAUGAAGAGUACCAAGUGGUCAUUGGAAAUGAUACAACCCAUUACAUUAUUGAUGAUUUGGAACCAGCCAGCAACUACACUUUCUAUAUUGUAGCUUAUAUGCCUCUGGGAGCCAGUCAGAUGUCAGAUCAUGUGACUCAGCACACCCUUGAAGAUGUUCCCUUGAGAGCUCCUGAAAUUAGUUUGACAAGCAGGAGUCCUACAGAUAUUCUCAUCUCUUGGCUGCCAAUUCCUGCAAAAUACAGGAGAGGUCAGGUGGUCCUGUACCGUCUGUCCUUCCGCCUCAGCACAGAGACCAAAAUCCAAGUCUUGGAGCUUCCAGGGACUUCAGAUGAGUAUCUCCUUGAGGGCCUGAGGCCUGACAGUGUGUACUUGGUUCGUAUCACUGCUGCAACAAGGAUUGGCUGGGGAGAGGCAUCUUUGUGGACUUCCCACCGGACUCCCAAAGCUACAAGUGUGAAAGCACCAAAGUCUCCUGAGCUGCGUUUGGAGCCAAUGAACUGUACAACCAUUACGGUCCAGUGGCAGCAGGACUCUGAGGACACUGCAACUAUUCAAGGAUACAAGCUGUAUUACAAGGAGGAAGGCCAACAGGAGAAUGGACCAAUUCUGUUGGAUGCCAGUGAUCUUGAGUAUACUGUCAGUGGUUUAGACCCUAGAAGAAAGUAUCAUGUAAGGCUGCUGGCAUAUAACAGUAUGGAAGAAGGUUAUCAGGCAGACCAAACAGUCAGCACUCCAGGAUGUGUCUCUGUCCGUGAUCGCAUGGUGCCACCACCACCACCUCCUCACCACCUUUAUGCCAAAGCUAAUACUUCAUCUUCUAUCUACCUUCACUGGGGAAAGCCUGCCUUUACAUCUGCACAAGUCAUUAACUACACAAUCCGCUGCAACCCAGUAGGGCUGCAGAAUGCUUCUCUGGUUCUCUACCUUCAAACGUCAGAGACUCACAUGUUAGUUCAAGGUCUUGAGCCAAAAACUAUGUAUGAAUUUGCAGUUAGGCUGCAUGUGGACCAGCUAUCCAGUCCCUGGAGUCCAGUAGUCUAUCAUACUACCCUUCCAGAAGCACCAUCUGGCCCUCCAGUAGGAGUGAAGGUGACUUUGAUAGAGGAUGAUACUGCUUUGGUUUCCUGGAAGCCACCUGAUGGUCCUGAAACAGUUGUUACACGAUAUACUAUCCUCUAUGCAUCCAGGAAGUCUUGGAUUGCUGGGGAAUGGCAAGUGUUGCACAGAGAAGGAGCAAUGACCAUGGCUUUGCUGGAGAACCUUGUAGCAGGAAAUGUCUACUUGGUCAAAAUAGCAGCCUCCAAUGAAGUGGGAGAAGGACCCUUCUCAAAUGCAGUAGAACUUGCUGUCCUGCCAAAGUCAACAUCAGAGUCUAAUCAGAGACCUAAACGCUUGGAUUCCGGAGAUUCUACAACUUAUUCUGACUAUUACCAUCUGGACCAGAAAUCAAUGACUGGCAUUGUUGUUGGGGUUUGCAUAGCCUUGACUUGCAUCCUUAUCUGCAUCCUGAUCUUAAUUUAUCGAAGUAAAGCCAGGAAAACAUCUGCUCCUAAACCUGGGCAGCAAAGCACUGACCAGCUGUCACAUAACAGCAUCUCAUUAGCCAGCGCUAAUGAGGUGGAGAAGAGUAUUGAAGGAAUUGCACAGAAUGAAGAAUCCUUAUUGCCAAUGAUGGUGGGAAACAGCUUCCUCGAUGCUAAGGGGGGAUCUGAUCUGAUUAUUAACAGCUAUGGGCCUGUCACAAAGGCUAACUGCAAGAAAAGGUGGCUGUUCUUCCAAGAUACGAAGAAGAAGACUGAGGAACCUCAGAGAAGAUUUGUCCAGGCGAUGUGUCUGUAUCAGCCAGGCACCACUGUGCUGAUCAGUGAGGAUGAGUCCCCCAGCUCUCCUGGCCAGCAGUCUAAUUUCCAGGUGCCGUUCAGUAUUGUUGCUGAUACGGAGCAUUCAGCCAACAGCGAAGGAAGCCAUGAGACUGGUGACUCCGGAAGAUUUUCUCACGAGUCCAACGAUGAGAUACACCUCUCCUCUGUGACAAGUGCCACGCCUCCCCCUACCAGUCCUUUUGUAAGCAGUGACUUGAGUACGAACAUGAUGAGCCCUGCCAGAAGUAACUGCACAGAGUCUCCUCUGCCGUUCCCUACUGACCAGACUCCUACCUUGCCUCUUCAGAUCCACUCUGCGGCACAAAACUGACAUCCUUGGGGCCACGUCAGACAUUCUCGCAGUGUAUGUCUGUUCGAAGGACAAUGAACAGGGAGCCAAAGUUUUAUAUUGUGGAAAGCCUGACUAACCUAGCAGGUGAUCCCAUAUUUCUGUUGAAUGUUUUUUUCUUUGUUUUGUUUUGUUUGUUUUAAA